AUGCCUCUCGAUUCCUCACACACAGAAUUCAAUGACAGCGCCGAGAUCAAUGCCUCCCUCUCCGAUCAGAAUGUCGCAAUCCUCUACGAGAUCGUACAGUAUGCCGAAAACCAUGAGCAAGUUAACACCUUCCCUUUUCGAGCAAUAUUCGCCGCGUAUGAGCAUGUAUUGCCACAAUAUGGACUCGAUUCAGCACAUGAUCAGAUCUAUUUGCGCUUCCUAUUCAGAUUGCGGGACAAAAGUCGAAAGAACGAACCUCUUUUCCAAAGCUUCUUGCGUCUUCUGCGGGAGCUUGGGAUACAGAUUGAAUUCAAUAACGACGAGGAUGCAGCGCAAAGGCAAACGAAAAACAUGGAAGAGCUUGGAUUGGCAAGCGUUGGGACUGCGCCAAGUCCAAGACGAUUGCGCCGAGCUUCCUUCAAUUCCAUAUAUGACGCUGAAGACGAAAGCACCAAAGUCAUAUCAGCAACCUCACGGUUGCGCCCACCCUUUUCCGAUGCUGGUGCAGGGAACUCUUCCAUUGCAAAGGCGAAAGCUUCUGUGGGGUCGGCGAAAAAGCAUUCUGGGGAGAAACAACGUGGGGAGAUUACGAGGUUGGCCUCGGAACCUGUGGGAAGGGGGCUGAGACGAGAGGAUCUUGGCCUUGAUGACGAAAACCCUCAGCAUGCGCAUCAGCGCGUCCACAUGUCACAUGAGCCAGAGCACAAGCAACGGCAAAAAUCGGAACAGGCUCGACCAGGAGUGCCUACCAAACCUUCAGGGGAUAUAUCUCUGUCUUCGAAUACGUCAACUAGUGGUCAGCAUGAUGAGCCAGAGUCCCAGUCGCUGAUACGAAUCAAUCCUCGGGAACGUCUGUACAAUCCCUCUAGGACGCAGCUGCUCCGGGAUGCUGAGACCUUUCAGUACUACCGAAUCCGCUUGGUUACCGCAGAUAUCAUUGAGAAGUGGUGUGACGCUGCCCUCAAAGCAAACAACCACGCAGAGCAUUUACACCGUAUCGCUGUGGCUCGCGACACUGAGGUGCUAGUGCGUCAAGCGUUUGAGCAUUGGCGAGCAAGAUUGCAUGCUCGAAAGCAAGCUGCUCAAAUUCGACAGUUCUAUGCAAAGCUGGAGAAGAGAGCCGAGAAAGCCCGAGAUUUGUACUUACUUAUUAAGGCCUUCACUCAUUGGGCUCAGAGCGCCGACGAUGAAAAUUUCCAGCGCUGUGCAGCGAGACAACAAACUUUAGGCAUCAAGUGCUUUCAUGCUUGGAGGAGCAUUACUGUAGAGAAUCAAAACAAGGUACAUAAUCAGGGGCUGAAAAAGUUCUUCGGCGUAUGGGAGCAACACUGCAUUCAGAACUGGACGAGUAUUGCAAAAGUUGGCCUCCUGCACCAGGAAAAACUUGUGCGGAGUGCAUACCGGCAACUUUUCUGGAGCUUCUGUGAGAGACGAGCCCCUGAAUGGCACGUGCAGAGACUGAAGCAACGAAUUUUUCUAUCGUGGACCAGCAAGACGAGACGAUAUGGAAGACAGUCGAAGCUAGCAGCAAAUGAUCACUCUAUGCAAUCUAAAUUCCGGGGCUUUCGAAAAUGGGUUGCAAAGGCACGGCAGUGCCAGGUGAAUACCGGUAACGCAAUGAUAUUCAAUCACAGCAGAACCAUCUUGACGCCCUUGAGAUCUUGGAGCCGCGGUGGGCAAUUUGCUCCUUUAGCGAAACAGAUUUCCAAUAUAGUAGAUUGGAGGGUUGCUGGCUCAACCUUUGCCCUGUUUGUGAACAAAUUUCGAUACGAAAGACAAGCUGAAAAGCUUGAUCAAUUUCGAAUACUGAGAUUCAUUUGGACAAGGUGGAACGAUCGUCUUCGUUGGCAAACACUAAGGCAACGUGUUGAUGACAGAGUCUUUUUUGAGAACCUCUACAAGUGGAUGAUAGCAUGCCGAUAUCUACUCCUACGGCGGCUUCACGACCAACGCAUCAAGCGACGCUUUCUUCGGACUUGGACAGAAAGGCUCGCAGCAAGCAAAGGCCAAGACGAAAUUGCUUCCGACAUGAUUCAGCGCCAAAGAAGAAGCGCCACAUUGCGCAAAAGUUUGGCAGGCUGGCUCAGCCAUCUUAGGGACCUUCGCUGGUCGGAAAGCGUUGCUCUUGAAUUCUACUCCCCCAAGAUUUCGAUUGAGACGUUGGGGCUUUGGAAGAGUAAAGUUAAUAGCGUUCAGGAAAUAAUUAAUUGGGUCGACCAUGCUCGAGUCUUCUUCCUGGAACGGCGCUUUUUGAGGGUUUGGAGCAAGGCUGUCCAUGAAUCUCGGCGUCGUAAACGCCGCGAGGCGUACAUUCAAGUGCGCCGAAAGUCGAAGAUAAGACUGGCUUCUGACUGCCUGCAGGACUGGCGUCUUCAAACAUCUCGGAAAUUAAAGAUGGAUCGGGAGGCCAUGGGGGCUGAUCAGCAACGACUCCUCCGAUUUGGGACGAAGAUAUUUGAUAUAUGGAAAAACGCAUAUGAGCUUGUGCUUGAUCAAGGACUGGAUGCCUCCGAAUAUUACGAAAAUUCCUUGCUUCGACAAACCGUUCAUCUUUGGAACCAUCGAGUCAAUCUUAUAUUCGAGAUGGAGGAGACUGCACUAGCAAAUGCGGAUUUGUAUACACAAAAGGCUGCUUUUACUUUUCUGCGUAAAAUAAGCCUCCGGAUCAUCGAAUCGAGAGCUCAGCAAGGAAAAGUGGAAAGACUCAAGCUUAAACAUGAAAGACGUCAUUUUCACGAUUGGCUUCGAAAAUGGCGAGAGAUCACCGCUGCACGACAGAACAGGCCUCAACCAAGUUCGACUCUCCCAGCGAGGACCAGGAAGUCAAGGAUUGUCGCACGAGCUGAACCGCUCGGUGCUACCAGACGUGCUGAAGAAUGGACGGAACUUGACACGAAAGACUGGACUCCGACGCUUGAAGCGCAAACAAGUUCGACACCCUUACCCGGCUAUCUCAGUACACCUUCAAGGCGGGCUGCAAGGGCGAGAUCGAUGGCGAAAUCUACCACGCCAACAGGCACGCCCUUUCAGAACCGCUUGAGAGCCGAGCUCAACACUACGCCAGGCUCGUCUAGACAAACGCCGUUCAGCAGAUCUACAGUCUUGAGAAGGAAUAAUUUUGGGGCGAUAUUGGAAGACUCGCCCGGUACAGCUAGGUCCGACAGCGAUGAGUGA